UUUGUGGUCUACGAGCUCAAGGUGUAACAUAAACCAAUAACCAUGAAAUUCAUCAUUUUGGUGACCUUUGGCAUGCUGCUGGCAUUGGCUGCCGCAGAUGUUUCGCAUUUGCCGCUGGAGCAACUCCUGGAGGAGCAGGGGCAGGAGGAUCAUGGCUAUGGCUAUGACUAUCCCAAGCCGGUGGUGCCAUUUGUGGUGGUGACCACCACAACAGAGCCACCCACGCCACCACCAACCUAUCUGCCACCCAAGCCAGUGCCCACUUAUCUGCCUCCUCCGCCACCAACAACGACAACCACGACGACGACCACCACCACGACACCUGCCCCAACGCCAGCACCGACCUAUCUGCCACCUCCUCCACCCACACCUGUUCCCACCUAUCUGCCACCUCCCCCACCAAGAACGACUACCACAACGACGACGACAACGCCUGCCCCUACGCCAGCGCCCAUCUAUCUGCCGCCCCCUCAGCCAGAGCCAGAGGUUGAGCCCGAGCCAGAGCUGGUGCCAGAGCCAGUGGAGGAGCAUGGCUACCAUUACGAAGCGCCCGCCAAGUCAUUUGUGUUCUAG